GCUCAGUCAUGCCGCUACUCACUGGAUUCACUCAUAAUAACCUGUUCUGCUUCUCGGACCGGCGACAGGAUCGAUCUCUCCGACAGGGUGCAGCAGUAAUCUUGCCUGGCUGUAGGCCUAGUUCAGGGAGCGGCGGAGUGGAGUCACAGCAUAUGGUGGUGGUGGGGGGUGACUGGCUAUGUCCCCAUCAAUGUCAAAAUCAAACCUACACCAUUCCAUGUGAUCAUUUGUUGCCAAACCAGUAACCAGAUUACUUCACUGUAAAUUAGCCAUAAGAGUUUCAAGGAUGAGAAAGAUCAAAGCAAAAACGUUGUUGCUGGCAGCAGCUCUUGGUCUGUUGAUCCUCCACCUCGUUAAAGAUUUUAGUGAUAGCAAAACCUUCCAACACAAUUUCAGAGAGGAUCGAGUUCAAAUAAGACAACCCACCACCAAAAGCAGCUCCUAUGUGUACUCCUGGCCAAGAUGUCAACAAAACACGUCCGCUGCCAACGUCACAGACUUCAGCUCUCUUCCUGGUAAUAUAAAAGACUUUCUGUACUAUCGACACUGUCGCCAUUUCCCCAUGCUUUUGGACGUUCCUGGCAAAUGUGGAGGAGCUGAGAAAUCAGCAGAAGUCUUCCUUCUUCUGGUCAUUAAAAGCUCUCCUGUGAACUACGACCGCAGGGAGGUGCUGCGCAAAACCUGGGCUAAAGAGAGGUUACACAAUGGUGUGUGGAUCCGGAGGAUCUUCAUCUCAGGAACAAUGGAUUCUGGUUUUGAGAAAGAAAGACUGAACAAACUGCUAGAGUAUGAGCAAAGUGAGUACAAUGAUAUCCUCCAAUGGGACUUCAGUGACACAUUCUACAACCUCACCUUGAAGCAGAUACUCUUCCUGGAAUGGAUGGAGAGAAACUGUCCAAACGCUCGCUUCUUGUUCAAUGGGGAUGAUGACGUCUUUGCCAACACAGACAACAUGGUCGAGUAUCUCCAAAACCUCAAGGACAAUAAUGGAAAUAAACACCUCUUUACUGGCCAUCUCAUCCAUCAUGUGGGGCCGAUUAGAGAUCGAGGGAGCAAGUAUUUUAUCCCAGUUCAGGUAUAUGAGUCAGACUCAUAUCCCCCUUACUGUGGUGGGGGGGGCUUCCUCUUGUCUGGUUAUACAGCUUCAGUCAUAUACAAAAUGUCCCAGUCCAUCACCAUUCUACCCAUUGAUGAUGUUUACAUGGGGAUGUGUAUGGCCAAAGCAGGACUCAGUCCUGUGGCCCACAUUGCUGUGCGGACGGCAGGACUGCACCUUCCCUCCAAAACACUGGAUGCAUAUGACCCUUGCUAUUAUAGAGACAUUUUACUAGUACACAGGUUCCUUCCAAUCCAGAUAUAUCAGAUGUGGCACAGAAUACAUGAUCCAAAUCUGAUCUGUACUAAACAAGCAACAGGUGGAUGACUUCCUGCUCUCAUGUUAUAAGAUCAGGUAUGUUUUUCCACCAAUGUGCAAUGGAACUGUUUUUUAAUUUCUGAACUUAAUGUGGACACCAAAAGGAGCCAGUGAGGGAGCUUUUUUUUUUGGAACGAUGGGCCUGACAUGUUUGUUUACAUCAUGCAUUGUUUUGUUGACUAAAAAUGGGGAUGCAGCUUGCUUUGUAGAUGCAUAGCACCAACAAAUCAUAACUUAUAUAUUUAUUACCGUAUACAAACCUCCUCACUUACCCAUCCAGCAGAAAAUGGGCAAUUUCUUCUUUCUUAUAUUUAUUAGAUCAUGCUACACUUUCUAUUCCCAGUGUGUCUGAUGUUUGUUGCUGUGCAGGUACCAUAUUGUUUUAGCUGAAAACAACUGCUGGAAACAGGGCUGAUCAGAGCCAUGACAUCCUAUCUUAGAGUAGAUUUUCAGGCCAGAAAAUUAACAACACAACAACAAACUCGAAGCUCCACAGUACUGCUCAGUUCACAUUCAAUUAAGAAAUUGAUUAUUGGCGUGUUAAAUGUGCAAUACGAAAUAAGUUUAGUAGAAAACAUGAAAAAAAUGAAGUAUAAUCAUCAACAGAAUGAGAAAAACAAAAGCUCUGAUGCUGUGACAUAUAUGUAUUUUUGCAAAGAUAUCUACUGAAUAGCAUGCUAAGCCCCAAAGCCCCUGUGUCCAACUGCAUAAACACCACAUCAUGGUGAUAUGUUUAGAGUAUGAAUCUGACAGGUGGCCAAUUCUUACAUAUUGCAACUUUAGUAUUGGUGAAGCCAAACUAUGCACAAAUCAAGCUAAAUAACAUCUACACAAUGAGCAAUGAGCUAGCCUAUGAGGGAAAAAUCCGCCCAAUUAGAAAACAGACCAGUGAUAGUUAGCACCAAAGGCACACCGAGUGUUUUACCAAUACUGUGCAGACGUCCCUGUUUUCCAUCUACAGUCAGCAUUGUUGGAGGCCUUUCCCCGGCUAAAGCUGUUCCCAGAAAUGUCCCCGUUUUUAACAAUGCAUCAUCACAAAUCUUAAAGAGGGCUGUGUUUCCUAAUACCAUGCAGUUUGACUUUUUAGAGAUACAUGGUUGUCACAGGGCAGCCUCACAUCAAAUGCAUGAUAAUGUGUUAUUAGAAUUAAACUACCCGAUGGUGUAUGAAGUAGUUAGAAUUAGCUCAACUUUCAACAUCUACAGUCAGUAAAAACUUUUAUCACUAGGCCUACUUACAGUUUAUUACAGUACCAGAAAAAGUACCAUGGUCAAAAUACUUGAAAGUGGCACUGGAUGUUUUAUGAAAUUCUGACUGCCGAACUGGAAAUGUUCCCGGGUUUCAUUUCAGAAACCUGGUCCCUUUAUUGUAUUUUAGACUCGAAAUACUCGUUGUGCCUUAUUCGAGCCGUUCCAGAGCCAACAAAAGUGAAAUCGAUUGAACACUGGCAUGUCCAUCUAGCUAGAUAACUCAGUGUGGUUAUUUAUUUACAAUCACCUCCAAGGCCAAAGAGCAUGUCAGUCAUUUGUUGGAUUACAGGGUUGGUUACGUGACAAAAAGCUCUGUCCAUAAAAGUUUAGGGUAGUAUUAGAAUCUCCUGUUCUUAAUUCUAUUCUUAAUUGGACAUUUAGCUUUGGCCUGAGUCUUCGAGCACAAUAUACGGAGCUGUAAAGUCCAAAUAAAACUUUUCCAGAGUUCUCACUUUAAAAAAACAAACAAAAAACAUUUAGAAAACAGGGGUUUGAAGUGACUGGUAGAGUUUACAUCGGCUUAAUGAUGUAGUUACAUGUAGCUACAGCUGAAUGUUUCUAAAAUGAAGUGGUAUUGAGUGAUAAAUGGCAGGUGUGAAAAGUAACAGUAAAAAAAAAAUGUAACCAGUUAAAAUUAAGGAGAGUAAGUGUAGCUAACACUGUGCAACACAAACAAGAAAUGUGAUAUUUGACAUCAAUAUUUUGGGAAAUUAUUUCUAAAGUUAGAUCAAUUAGGGUUUACCUUGUUGUACAGGAAAGCUAUGCUGGGUGGUUUUAGUUGUUCUGGCCGAUUGGAUGGUCACUCUGGUUGACACUGGACGGAGCAGUAUGUUCGGUCUUUAAACAUCUCUAAUACUACGCAUGCGUAGUGUAGAUUGUCACCAGCCUGUUUUAAAUUGUUGACAGACAAUCCGGUCAUAACUGUCAAAAGUUUCUGGCACAAUACGUGUUGAAGAUCAACUCCCAUAAGUUUGCACCAAAUGCUUUUUAGAUGUGUUUGCUUGUAUUUAGGUAUUUAACCUCUUGUAUAGAUGAACAAUGGCAUCAGAAUUGUUGCAGGGCUAUAAGGUCGGCUGAGACUGUGGUGUCCAAAGGAAAGAGAAAUAUCAUUCAAAAAUAAUUCCUCAGGGUUUCUCAAACAUAAAGAUGUAAGUUAAUAAGUUUACAGUUUUCUUUAAUUUUAAAUUUAAAUGUUUGUUUCCUUAUAACCUAUAUAUUUGUAUUAGAGAAAUAUCUUUGUUUGUUUUUGUGCCUUACAUAAGUGCUUCUAUUAAAGGAUUCCACUGUUAGGAUCGCAAAAAUAUAUUUUCGUCAUCGGAAAGUAGUUAUGUACUGUCAAUAAUAAAAAAUGCUCAUUAGAAGGGGUCACCAGUAAGAAUUCAUAUGUAUAUUUACUCUAUGGUUUUAGGACUUUGUCAGUUGAAAAGAGUUGAUUCUUUUUUUUUUUACAGGUAUUGUAUAUAUAACUUCCAGAUGAAUUUUAUUUCCAUACUGAAAAGAUUCGAGUUUGUCUUGUUUUAUAAUCAACGGUUUUGAAAGAAAGGGAGUACUGCAUGUAAUAAACAUGUAUUUACUAUGAACCA